AUGCAGAUCUGGACUCUUCACAGCCAACUAUUGGUUGCCAUUCAAUACAAUGACAGCUCGACUGUGGAGACGCUCCUUAAGUCUGGAGUCGACUCCGACACUCGUUUCUUCUCGGGAACCAAUCAGACGCCAGCCCUAUGUCUUUGCGCCCGAACGGGUCACUUAGAUCUCGUCCAACUCCUGCUCCGAUACGGCUGUUCAGCCAAUCAGACCGACGCUCACGGCUUGUCUGCCCUUCACAUCGCAUGCAAUCAUCUCUUUAUAGAAAUCGCCAAACUUUUGGUCGCCAACAGAGCGGCCAUUAAUAUGGCCACCAAUUAUGGACACAUUCCUCUUCAUUUGGCAGCACAACAGCCAUCACUCGAAUUGGUUCGUGUUUUGGUAGAAUCGGGCAGUGAUUUAGAGAAGAAAGAUCUCGAUGGAAGAACUCCAUUAGUAUUAGCCAUUGUUAGCAAUCAGUUUGAUAUCGUCGAGUAUUUGGUACUCCAGGGCGCAGAUGUCAACACUCAAGACAACUCCGGAAAUACACCACUACUUCACGCCAUCAACAGUGGACUCACUAUAAACGCUGAUAUCGUCAAUAUUCUUCUGCAGGCGGGCGCCAACCCUAAUAACCCGAACAACUGUGGACUCAAUCCAUUGAUUACGACAAUCAGACGAAGCAGUGAACACACACUCGAUGGUCAGGACACUGUCCGGUAUCUAAUUGACCACAACUGCGACCUCAAUGUCAACGAAUACGACUCCGCCAUAUGUGGCGAAAGUGCGCUACACUUAGCCAUAACCAGACGUCAGGAUCGCAUCACUGAGAUGUUGGUGAGAGCGGGCGCUCACGUGAAUACACCCAAUCAAAUGGGUUUGACUCCUAUCUCGCGGUUAGCGAAGGAGGGAAAGACAGAUCUCAUCAAAAUGAUGAUCGCGAGCGGAGCCGACACUAAUCUCAAUACAAACCUCUCACUAAACGACGCGAUUGUUGUCAACAAUUUCAGAGAUGAGGAAAUCAAUCACUUGAUUGUAGAGCAACACAAUUGCUUCCCUCGACUCAAACACUUGUGUAGAGUUAGACUCAGGAAUUGGUUGGAGAGAAGAGCCGACACUGUUGUCAAACAAAUACAAAUACCGACUUCUAUAAGACAGUACCUCUUAUUAACGGAUUUAUGA